GACUUCGCCUAUGCCCCAAGCAGAGUGCGGGAAGAGUUGCCAGGUCUCACCAUGGCCAACAACACGACGUGGGAGAAUUUCACCGUCCGGGAAGACGAGAGUAGCGAGGUUCGAUCCCUACCGGACGCCGGAGGCUCUCCCCUCGGGGCUGAGGCCAUCGCAGGCCCGAUAGUCUUCGGUCUGAUCUGCGUGGUGGGGUUGAUGGGGAACCUGCUGGUUAUCUACGUGGUGUGGAAGUACGACCAGAUGAAGUCGGUGACGAACUACUACAUCGUGAACUUGGCGGUGACGGACGUGUCGUUCCUGCUGUGCUGUGUGCCCUUCACCGCCGCCGGCUUCACCACCACCAGCUGGAACUACGGACUCUUCAUGUGCAAGUUCGUCAACUACUUCAUGCAGGUGACGGUCCAGGCCACGUGUUUGACGCUAGCGGCGAUCAGUGUUGACCGGUACUGCGCUAUUGUCCACCCCAUCUCGUCCAUCCCUUACCGCAGUCCGGCCAUAGCGAUGACCAUCAGUGGCUGUAUCUGGAUCAGCUCCUUCCUUCUGUCCUUGCCGAUUGCCAUCUCCGCACGGCUUGAGACGACCAAGUGGAUGGGGAACCAGAUCCUCUGUCGUGAGGACUGGACCCUUCACGAAGAGAAGGUCUACAACGUCUACAUCGUGGUCAACAGUUACAUCAUCCCCCUGCUGGUCAGCGCGACCUUCUACGGGCUGAUCGUGCGGAGCCUGCGGGCCAGGGUCAUCGACUACGACGGGCAGAACAACGAGGGGGAGCAGCACGCCCUGCGGCGGCAGAAGAGAGUCACCCGGAUGGUCGCCGUGGUCGUCCUGCUCUUCGCUCUCUGCUGGCUCCCUAUCCACGUCCUGAACAUGUCCGCAGUGUUCGAUCAGAACUUCCCGCUUACUUACACCACGUUGUGUAUCAAGAUGUUCGCCCACUGCCUCAGCUACGCCAACUCCGCAGCCAACCCUUUCGUCUACGGCUUCAUGGGCGAACACUUUCGGCAGAACUUCAAAAAGGCCUUCCCGAGAUGUUUCAUGUUGAACCGGGUGGGCGCGGUGGCCCCGAAUGUCGCCCAGUUGGCAACGAUCGAACAGCAGCUGGGGGACCAGGCCGGGGCCAGUAUUCCUGCGGAGACUGAAGAGUCAGACCGCCGACACAAACAUUUCCUGCAGCCGGCACAUCUAAACCUUCCGGUUGUAGAAACUUGACUCCAAUAGCAAUGACUUCAUAGCCACCUACCAUAAUCCUUUGCGUCCAAACGGACAUGCGCAAUGC